GCUGAAGCUCAAAGACACUGCUGAGUGGAACUGGGACAAGUCACCAGCCUUGUGGAUAGCAUGGUCACUCUGAGCUCCCUUUCCCUCAGAGAGGUGGCAUCUGCAGACUCAGGUUUUCAAGUCUGGUCCUGAGGAACUGGCUGGGGCUCAGAGCUCGCUCAGGGAGAGACAGGGUCUGUGAAGAGAUGUCUGGGUAUUGUUUUACAACUAGGCAAGUACUUCUUCUUUUGAGGGGGUGGUGGUGGGGUUUUUUUCAAAACAGAGUUUCUCUGUGUAGCCCUGGCUGUCCUGGAACUCACUCUGUAGACCAGGCUGGCCUUGAACUCAGAGAUCUGCCUGCCUCUGGAGUGCUGAAUUAAAGGUGUGAGCCACCACUGACCAGCUAGGCAAGUACUCCUUGUGCCUUCCUAGGCAAAUAUGAAAUCCUCCCCCAGCACCUACCUUGGCCCCCCAACUUCCCCCCAAUUCCAGCUAGCUGCAGGAAGGCUGAGCAGACCUACAUAGUUCUCUGUCCAAUGGCCAGGAGAGUCAAAGGCAGUACAGGGCUCAUGUUAGCUCUUUCAAGUUGAAAUUGGAGUCAGCCCCGAUGGACCUCAGAGGGUCACAUUUUGCUCUAGGGGCCACUGACUGGCCCCACAGCAGACCAGGCCUGCUUCCCUGGUUUUUAAAAGCAUGCCCAACAAGGGCGACUUUGGUCUCAGACAUUUGACUCCACAAUCUACUCAUUGUUACCCCGACUGUUUCUGAAGGCCAGCGCUGGUUGAAAUGGUCUUUUGAAAAGGGUUAUAUUCUUUUUAUGUGUGCGACUGUAUGAGUACACGCCACGUGUCUGCAGGUGCCCGAGGAGGCCAGAAGAGGGGAUUUGAUCCCUUCGAGCUGAAGCUACAAGCCGUCGUGAGCUGCCUGGUACAGGCGCUGGGAGCUAGCCUCUGGUUCCCUGGAUGAAUAGCACAUGCUCUUAACUGCUGAGCCAUCCCUCCAGCCACCUCAGAGAAGUCUUAAAGACAUCUUCACAUAUAUUUUUGUACGAAUGCGUAUAUAUGUGUGGGUGAAUGGGUACAGGUGUGAGGGUACACACAUACCACAGGCGCGGUAUAGGGGUCAGAGGACAAGCUGUGGGGGUCAGCUCUCUCCUUCUACCACGUGGGUCCCAGUGAGCCAACUCAGGUGGUCAUGCUCAGCGAUGCUCACCCCUAACUACUGAACCAUCUCUCUGGGGCAAAAAGUCUUUAACUUUACCUUUUUAAAGCCAGCUCUUAAGUUUUUACAUUUCUUAAAUGGAUCAAGUCUAACUCCUUUGGCUUCUACCCACACCAUUAUGCAAAAGCAGGCUGUUCAUUUUUCUGGCCAUUUUCUGUGUAUUCCUACUACCUGCUCUUGUGUCUGUGGUUUAUCUGCCUGGGUGACCAAGUUUGGCAACACUCACCUUGUCUAGUCCCGGCAUCUUACCCUGGACACGUGUUUGGUCUUACUGCUGCUUCAGCUGAAAGACAUUUGGAUGUUAAAAGGUCGUGGAGAAGCCAGCUGGUAGUGGCACACACCAGUUUUGGGGAGGUAGAGUCAGGCAGAUCUCUGAGUUUGAGGCCAGUCUGGUCUACACAGGGCAUUCCAAGACAGCCAGGGCUACCUAGAGAAACCCUGUCUCAACAAAACAAAACAACAACAGCAAAAAGAGUCAGAGAUACAUUUUAAUAUGAGCCUUGAAGGUUGGGCUUGAGUGGGUACAGAGAAGCUGAUAAGGCAAAUACUAUCUAAGUGUCUGGAGGAGGGGCAUAGGCAUGCAUGAGUCAUGGUAUAGAUUUGCAGAACCCAGGGAGGGGAAAAAACUGAUCUGAGAUAGAGAACCCUGCACGCAGAGGAGAAGAACAGGAGCCUAGACGUUGAAGAUGAUUUGUGCACUUGGUGAAAUGGGCCGGGCGUGGGGCUUGGGUGGGAAUGCAGAUUUUCAGUACACCAUGGGCAUGGCCAGUAUAGAGCUCUGUCAAGAGCCUAGGCAACAAGUAAGUGCGUCCCCUCCGACUCCUUUUCCCAGUGGCUUUACAGAGACCAAGCUUUGUCAACUCUUUGAGUGCUAACCGAUACUUGCUCACUCUCGCAUCUUGAGAGCCUGAUGCUCAUUGGCACUCAGGAACUUUUGAGUGCAGGAAAAGAGGGAGAGACAAAGGAAAGAUGCUGCUCUUGGUUCAUUUCUGUUGCUGCUGCCCUUACAAAAGGCAACUUAGAGGAGAGAGAGAUUUGAGUUUAGGCCGGAAUGCUAGGCACAUCUGUUACUGUGGCAGAGCCACGGUGGCAGGGACUUGAAACAGCUGUUGGUGUCAUAUCCACAGUCAAGAGCAGAGGGAAGGGAAUGCAUGCGUGUCUAAUACUCAGCUAGCUCUCUGCUCUUACGUAGUCCAGGGCCCAAGGUCAGGGGAUGGAGCCACCACAUUCUGGCUUGGUCUUCUCCCCAUCAAUUAAGGCAAUCAACAUAUUCCCCCACAGACACACCCACAGGCCAAGCUGAUCUAGACAGUCCCUCCCUAAGACUCUUUCCUGGUAAUUCGAGCUUGGGUCAAGUUGACAUUUAAGCCUAACCCCAGUAGAUAGGUCAACAGCUGGGCCUAGUGAGCAGCUAAGAGCCUUAGAUAAGUGUGGCCGUUGCCUUUCCUGGUCACCUCUGGGGCUCACUCUUCUGUACUUCAACUCUCACGGGUCAACAGCUUGCAGGAAAACUCACUUUUCUACUCUCUGCUGUUUCUAUUGCAUUAGGGAAGCUGACCCUCAAUGCAAGCAAAGACAAACCUGGAUAGUAAGAGCCCAAAAGGAAUGAGAGUUGAGAAGAGGGCCUCUUGGAAGGGAGAGUUGCUGUUCGCCCAGGGCCUUUGUCUCACCCAUGAAUUGUCCCUAGCCACUAGAGUCUAAAUCCGGUGAUGGUUCCGUAAGUGCCCACACCAAAGUUUCCCCUGUGGCUGCACAUUCUUCAGCAGGGCAAUGGCAGGGGACCUGACUCACCAGAAAUAGUUCCUCAGAAUCCUGUCCCUCACCUAGACGCCCCUUGAAUGCUUUAGAAAAUAAAAGCUGGUGUUUCAAAAAGUGCAUCAAGGUAAUGUAAAAACAACAGAUUGACUACGAGUCACCCUAGACCCGUAGCCCUCUAACCACACGUUCUGUUGAUUUUUCGCUGUGUUUCCUUCACGGCCUUUCUUGUGGCUCGCUCUACGCAGCUUGUGUACUUGCUAAGAGCAUUCUCUGUUUUGACGCUGCUCGUACCUAACUCAGUUUUUCCGAGACCCUCUUCUCACAGGCUUGGUUUCACCUCACACCUGCAGUGGGCCAGUUUUCAGUCAGAGGAGAGGCCACAUUUGCUUCCUGUAGGCCCUCUGGUCAGAAGCAUGCAUGGCUGGCUGCUUCUGAUCUGGGUCCAGGGGCUGAUACCGGCUGCCUUCCUCACUUCAGGAGCCACAGCAGGCACAAUAGAGACAAGGGGGAACAUUUCUGCAGAGGAAGGUGGCUCUGUCGUCUUACAGUGUCACUUCUUCUCCAACACAGCGGAAGUGACCCAAGUCAACUGGGAGCAACGGGACCAGCUUCUGGCGGUUUAUAGUGCUGAGCAGGGUUGGCAUGUCACUUCAGUCUUCAGGGAGUGGGUGGUCCCAGGCCCCAGCCUAGGCCUCACCUUCCAGGUGCUGACAGUGAAUGAUACUGGGGAGUACUUCUGCACCUAUUACACCUAUCCUGAUGGGAUUUACAAGGGGAGAAUAUUCCUGAAGGUCCAGGAAAGCUCAGCGGCUCAGGUCCAGAUUCCGUUGCUUGGAGGAGCCAUGGCUGCUGUGCUGGGACUCCUCUGCUUAGUGAUCACAGGGGUGACUGUACUGGCUAGAAAGAAGUCACUUAGAAUCCAUUCUACAGACAGUGGCCUUGGGAGAACGGCAGCUGAGUCCCAGGAAAUGAGCCUCAGGAUUCUCUCGUCCUCUGGAGGCCCUGUCCAGACAGAAGCUGCCCCUGCUGGCCUCUGUGGAGAGGAGGAUGACUAUGCUGAGCCACGAGACUACUUUAACGUCCUGAGCUACAGAAGCCUAGAGAGCUUCAGUGUCCCAGCGAAGAUUGUCUAAGAACAGGUCUAUCCUUCCCUUCCCCCUCCCUCCCUCCCUCCAUCUACCCCCCCCAUGUGUGUUUGUGUCUGUAUUGAUGUCUGUGUUUAGUUAGUGAAUGAAAGGCAACUUCUUUUCAAGCUUCAUUUCUUCUACCCUUCUCUUCCAUUUCUCUGUGACAGACCCAAGGUAAAUAGCUUGUACCUUGAUUAUAAAUGGGAAUUUGAAAAUGAAUUUUUAGUUUAUGUAUAUGACUGUUUGGUCUGCAUAUAUGUGUGCCACAUGUGGAUGGUGUAUGCAGAGGUCAGAAGAGGGUAUCAGAUCUCCUAGAACUGGAGUCAGAGACAGUUGUGAGCUACAGUGUGGGUGCUCAGCAAGUGCUCUUAACAGCUCUCUCCAGUCUGGAUUUUUUUUUUCUUAAACACAAAAUAAAACAAUAAAAACAACCCCAACAUUCCCAUUGACUUUGGAAAUGAAUUGACAUUUGGCUUUGAAUUUAGUGGUCUGAGCAGGUCUUGUGGCUUUGGGAAAUACGUUCCUCAUAAGAACUCAGGCAGAGGUUUUGGCUCCAGGUGCUGAGGCAGAUGAUAAGAAUGGCCACUGGGUUUAUUUCUCAUUGUUAUUUUAUUUUUUAACCAACAAUUCAAGACAUUUAUUUAUGAAUGGGGCAAAGUACAAACCUCUAUGGGAGAUUCAAGGAUGACAGUCUCCGAAAGUGAGGUGACAUUUAUAAUAAGAUGUACUAGGAGAUAAGGAUUCAUGAUUUGGGCCCUUAGGAAAAUAUGCUAAUCAGGGUGUGGUGAAGUCUCCACAGAGAACAGAGGGAUUGAUGAGGCUGGUCUGGUGGGUAGAAGCAUUUUCCUAGGAACUCGAAAGAAUUCAAGGUUGAAAUCCUGUAAGAAAUGCCCUGGCACUCAUGGGCAAUGAAUGUCAGGCUUUCUUCUUUAGCUGGGCAUUUCAGGUCUGCUGAGUUCAGAGUCUAUUAGGACUCCUGGGUCACAGAAUGCCAGGCUCCUCACACUUGUGGUCUGGGGAAGCCCGUCUGGGGAAGAAGCCCUCAGGAAACUCCUGCCCACCUGGGAAGCCACAUCCUGGCACCUGGACCAAGAUAAACCCCCCACUUCUGGAUCAAUCUGCCACUGGACCUUUAAAAAUGGAAACUUUUUAACCACCAAAAGAAAGUCUAAUUUUUUUUUUUAAAAUAAGGACUUCUGAAAACAAAACAAUAGGGUGAGCAUGAUUGAGAAUUUAAAAAAUAAGACCCUCCUUCCUCAUUGCUUAACCUCUUCAUGCUGGGGAUGGAGUGUCUGUGAUUAAAUUAUGUGGAACUGCUUUCAGGCUGGAUCUAAAAAGACGUUGUCCCUUGCUCAUCUCUCUUGGAGAAAUGAGGAGGUUGAAUUCACCUGUGAGUGGUUUUCUUCACAGGCACAGACUGAAGAGAGAGAAGCGAGCUUGUCUCUCUCUACAGGCUUAAGUUAAGCAUUAGCAGGAAGACAAUUCAACUUCUGUCCCUCCUGGGAAUCCCCACCCCACCUCACUUUCCUCUCAGAUGGGUCAUAAGGGGUCAUAACAUUGGUCCAGAGCCCCAGCCCUUGGGAAGAAAGAUAGGUACAGGUGAUGUGGAGUUUGUUGUUUGCUGGGGCAGGCCACAGGACUUGUCUUACAGAACAAAUGCAAAUUGGUUGAAAGUAGAACACAGCUCACAAAUUGGAAAGGAAAUAAAUGUAAUGAUAAAAAGGAGAGGUAAUCUGACUUGGAGGGGAUCGAUUUUGAGCUAAGGCUGGAUUGAGGUUUCAGUGUCACUUAACAUAAUUAUGGUAAUUGGGAAACAUUUACAAAUACCAUGGAUGGAGAGAAAACACAAAGGAGCCUAUAGAUGUCGGAAAUGGGUCAGGUUGCUAAAACAAGAUUCAAUUCUACAGAAAACAAAUUUCAAAGUGGGAAGUGAACUAGAUUCUCUUCUGAGAUCCACAGAAGACAAGUGCUGAAGGUCCAGACUCCUGGAGACACAUGCUGCCCAGGAUAGCAGCCACUUUUUCCAGGUGGCUGUCCCAGUACAGGUGCCGUGAGGUUCACCCCAGAUGGGACUUGCUGUUGUAGGUCUAAAACACACACCAGAUUUUGAAGACAGUAUGAAUCGUAAAUGUAAACUAUCCCAUCUAAUUUAAAAAUAUUCAUUACAUUUCAAAAUGAUGCUUUGGAUAUACUGGGGUUAAAUAAAAUAUAUUAUUACAAACUAAUUCUCUGGCUUCCUUUUGCUUUUUAAACAUGGCUUGUGGAAAUCUAAUUUUGCUUAUGGAGCCCCAUUAUACUUCUAUAAGCUUGAGCCAGCUGGAACCUGGGGUGUGAAUCUGUUGGUCUUUGUCUCUUUCUCCUUCUUUUAAAAUAAUGUUUGAGGAAGUCUCUUCCUCUUACCACAUUUGGUGAGAAGUACAUAGGCAAAGAUCACAGGGAAAAUGAAGGAAGGGCCCCUAAAUGCUGGCAGAAAGGGAUUCCGAGUUCUCCUGGGUGUCUUCCUGAGUUUCCCGAUAGGAGCUGGGGUUCAGGAAAGAAUGCAUUUACUGAUUCCCUGCCCAUGCUCUGAUCCUGGACUCCAUUCAGCUCCAUAAGCCAGAAGACUAUACUGAGAAAUGUUGAGUCAUAGAGCAUUGAGCCCUCAUGAGGAGACAGCACCUUACCUUGCAAUUUUAUUUCAGAAAGUGUCCUUUCUUGGCCUCUGGGCCCUGGGAAUGAACUUUCUGUGAGAAUGUUCUACCUACUGUCCAAUGCGAUGGCCAUUAGCCACAGGAGGCUACAGAGACCUAGAAUCUGGCAAAUGUGACAAAGGAAAUCCAGUGACCUUUAAUUGGCUGGAGCUCCUAAUUCAAGUUGUUGCUGUGUUUCUAGGCAUUGAUGGUUCUGUGGAUCUUUUGACAGAGUUACUGUCAGGAAGAAACACGGAUGUUUUGCUUCCAUUUUGUCCUUCCUCUAAUCAAACAAACCACGAGGUUAAAAGCAGGCUGCACAUUAUUUCCAGUUCUUACCAUGGUGAUCUCAGUUGCCAAGUGGUCCAGUUCACAGCAACAGGGCCAGGGGUGUCAAGAAGUUUGCAGCUUCAAGAGGUUCAUCCAGGAAUCAACUUUCAUCACAAGACUUAUUCUGGAUGACAGUAAUUUCCUGUAAACUGUGAAAGACCCUUCCCUGGGCCUGAAAAUACAACUGAAAGAGAAGCGACUCUAGUGUGCUGUGGAGUAGAAACUGGUCUCAUUGGUCCAACCAUCAGCGACUGUAACGAAGCUGCAUGGUGGUGAGUUAUUCCAUCUCUCAGUCCCUCACUACCAAUAUCUCAUUGUAAAUCAGUAACAGUAAUAUUUGCUUCAAAAGACCUUAAAAGAAUGAGGUCGGGGCAGUUGUUGCUAAGUAGAUAGUAAAGGGCUAAGUUAAAGAUGUUACUGAGUUAUGCCCCCUGAGUACAUGUGCCUGACAUUGCUUAUGGGGUCACAGGGGUCCCCAAUGGAAGAGCAAAGCAUGUUGGGAGGAAACCAAGGAAUCUGG